CUAUUGUCGAAAAUAAAGCCGCGCUCCCAUUGAUUUGGAUGUGUUAUUAUGCCGUUUGUUUGAGGGUUUGCGAUCUCACUAUGUUAGCUAACAAAAGGUGAUUAUGGAUGAAGAUUCGACUGUCAUUCGUAUGUUGGCUAUUGUACCAGCUCAUAGAUCGCCCCAGGAGAAUGCCUUCAUAUUUGGUUAUCUUCGUACAAUUGAAGGGUUGAAUCUUUCUGGCCCAUCAUCAGCAUAUCGAGAUGAUGAAUUACGCGCAAUCAGUCGUUACGCACGUUAUCGUCGUGUUCCAGGCGAUAUGUUGUUGUAUCACACUGGUGAAUGGUGUGAUUCUUGGUUUAUUUUGAUAAGCGGAUCAGUAUUAAUUGAAAGUUCCAUGUUCUUGCCUCGAUCAUAUUUUGGAACCCGUACAAAUGGAAAUUUUUAUCGCCGUAAUGACUGUCUCGUCCUCGAACCAUCUGAUCUUGUUGUGAUCGAUUAUUUGGACAAUCAUAGUUUACCCAUAUCAUUUACUAAUACGCAUCAUCUGGCAGUGGCUCCGUCCAAGCAUAGGCGUUCUUUAGAUCGUGCACUGGUCUCAUUCAAUGAUAAUGAUGCUUCAUGUGAAAUUUUAUCAAAUGAUCGUUAUUCGGAAUCGUCUCAUAGUAUCAGCUCGUCAUUAAAAAUCCCAUCUUUGCUUAAUUCUGACCAAAGCAAGCUCCAAAGACGACCUACCAGGAGUACACAGGCUGAUGCUAUUAAUUCAUUGAAAUCAUUAUAUUUAAGUGACACAUCAUCUACACAUUCUUUUAGUUCUGAAGGCGUUCAAAAUAAUUCAAGUCAUGGACGUUCAACUCUUUCGUGCGUUUUAAAAUCUCCAGAAAAACGCAACAAAAAGAUAGGUUAUAACUAUCCUAAAUGGCAUAAGACUGGGUCAGACAAUAGCCAUUGUAUGGAUUCUGAAGGUGAUGAUUAUGAUUAUGAUGAUGAUGAUGAUGAUGAGGAGGAGGAGGAGGAGGAGGAUGAAGAUGAAGAGCUUGGGUCAAGUAGUCAUGAGUCUAUUCGCGAUGCAUUCUGGGAAUCUAUUCUUAAACUCCCAUCAGAUCGUACACAAGAAGAUGUCGAUUUAUUGUUGGGAAAUGUUGAACAAUUGCCUGCUUUCUCUAAUCUAACUAAGGCUACAUGUCGUUCCCUAUGCUCAGUCAUGGUGCUAGCUAUUGUUCAUGAAGCUGGUCAAAUCGUAUUGCAUGAUAAUGAAGUAUUGGACACUUGGUCUGUUGUGCUGAAUGGGACUGUCGAGGUUAUUGGACCAGACGAUACAAUUCGGGAAUUAACUCGUGGUGAUGCAUUCGGUAUUCGUCUUGGUAAAACAGAUUGUAUUCAUCAUGGUGUAAUGCGUACAGUCACUGAAGACUGUCACUUUUUAUGUGUGCCACAAACCGAUUAUGUAAAUAUUAUGAGUCGUGAAGGAGAAGCUGAAAUACCAGAGAUGGGUGAAGGUGGACGUGUUGUCCUUGUCUAUGAAUCAAUAAAUUUAGACACAACUCUUAACAUCGAUUCGAAUAAAUCAUCCAAUGACAAUAGUUCUGUGUUGUUGAAAAAAUGUCGACUGGUCACAAAGGGCACACCAGAGAAACUAAUUGAACAUUUGAUUGCUGAUCUGUCCAAUGGGGAUAUAUCGUAUCCAGAGGAUUUUCUACUUACAUAUCGUACAUUUUUAGAUUCACCCCGACCAAUAGUUGAUCGUUUAUUAUCAUGGCAUUUGCAUAAUCCAAAGUUACGUACACGUGUUAAUCGUAUAAUUUUAUUAUGGGUUCAUAAUCAUUUUAAUGAUUUUGAGGAUAAUCAUGAUAUGAUGAAGUGCAUUGAAAAAUUUGAUAAUAUGUUAUCAUCCGACGGCACGGCUGGUGAGCGUCGUCUAUUUCGUUUAGCCUGCAGCACCAAAGCUCGUCCACGUCAAGUCGAACUUAUAAUUCCGUUAAAAAAUUCAUGUCACCCAAAUCCAGAUAAUAAAUCGUUCGGAGUUGAUGAUGGUACUGGGUUUUUGUCAUCAAAUGGACAACACUUGGACAAUAAUUGUAAUACAAUAAAUUCUCUCAUUGAUCUACCAUUCACAAUGAUUGGUGGCGAGGAUGGUUUUGGAGUGUUUAUACAUCAAGUAUAUAGUUUAGUCUCAAACAAUAAUUCUAAAGCAAGCUGUGAUGAGCACACAAACCAAAAAUAUCCCACUAAUCCAUCUUCAUUAUUGUUAUCAUCACCAUGUGACUCAAGCUAUCCACCAUCAUCAACAACAUGUGUACUUCCUAAUUUUUCAUUUGUACAUAAUCAAAUACGUCGGGCUGACCAAUUAUUAUCAGUGAAUGGUCGUUCAGUAGAACAUUUAAAACCAUCUGAUGUCAUACAAUUAAUUAAUUCAAUGAUAAGCGCAUGUUGUCCAGUGGAUAUUAAGACUAGAUCAAAUACCAAACUAGUAUCUGGUACCAGUGGAUCAUUGUCUCCUUCGACUACACAUUAUUCAACCGGUAUAGACAAUGAUACUAUGCUAGAUCAUUCCAAAUCAUCUACAUUAUCGUCAGUCAUCAGUGUUACUUUCAACCUCCGUUUGUUAGUUAUUUUUAAUCCAGUUCAGUAUUAUCAAGCUAUUAACUCUUUAAAUACGACACAUACUGCUCAAACUUCGAUGAGGCCGAUCAGUGAAACAAUAAAUGCUUAUCAAAUUGUUGACGAUGUAAAAAACCACGUGAACAAAUCUACACCAUCAUCAAACAUCACAUUGAAUAAUCACAAUGGUAAUAAUGAAAUUUGUCGACUAAAAAUGCAUAGUUUGUAAGUUGUGAAUUUAUUUAUUGUAUAUGGUAUUUUCUCCAUUUACUUUUUGCUUCUUGUUACUAGUAGUUCUCUCUGAAUUGUUGGCUUGGAUCUAUUGUAUAUAUUAACUGUAUUAUGUGACAGUGGUUUCUUUCCCAAAUAAUUCCAUUGCUACUUUUAACCACAAGCAAAAUUUGUUUUAUUUUGUAGACAAUAAAGCAAACUUCAUAUUAGAUUUGUAGUUCUUUAAGUUCAUCUUACAUAUUCAAAUUUAAGGAUAACUUUUAUUACAAUGUAACUAUGAGAUGAAAAAUUAUUGGAAACCAAGAAGUUCUACAUGUCUGAUUUGCAAUUUCGACUUUAUCAUCAAGUGACUGAAGUUAAAAAUGUGGCUGAACCAUUAAGUUUCAACCCAAAUUUUUGAAGUCAACACUUGUUACGAGACCUGAAGUUCAUGUAUUUUGAAUCCCUAUCAGAAGACUCACUUAUUGACUUAAAAUCUACAGGUAUCAAACACGGUUGCCUACUUUGCCUUUUCGCUUUCUGCUGGUUGUAGACUCAAUUAUUGAGACCUUUACAACUCAGAAGCACAGAAUACAGUGAACAACUUGAGUGGAGCUGGACAACUUGGACUUUGAAGAUGACUUGACCCUCCUAUCCCAUCGACAGCAACAAAUACAGGUGAAGAUAUUCAGUAUGACAGUAACUUCCACAACAGUAGGCUUCAACAUUCACAAGGGAAAAGCAAGAUCCUGUAAUACAACACAGCGAGCACCAAUCAAAUCAGAUUUUGUGGUAAGGCUCUGGAAGAAGCAGAAGCGUUUACGUGCCUGAACAGCAUAUUCGAUGAAUAUGGAGUAUCUGAUGCAGACAUGAGGGUAUGAAUUACCAAAACAGGUGAACGUUCCUAUAAUUGAAUAUCUGUCACACAACACCAAAGUCAUAAUUUCAACAACAACAACGUCUAAACAGUUCUACUGUGCGGAGUUGGAUUGUGGAGAACUACUACCAUCAUUGCCAAAAAGGUGCAGGUGACUAUGCAAAAUACUACAGAUCCAUUGGACAGAAACCGUUAGCAAUAAUCGACUGUGAUAGAGAACAAUUCGGAUGUCUACUGAGAGGGAAAUCAGGAAACAGUGUUGGAGGUGGGUAGGAUACACAUUGAGGAAGCCAUCAAACUGCAUCAAAGGGCAAGGCUCAAUAUGGAAUCCUCGAAGGAAAAGGAAAAGAAGCAUACUAGAGGACAUUUGCAGGUAGAUAUCAAGAGAGUGAAUCGCGCUUAGGGACAACCUGAAAGAGGAGCCUGAAAAAGAGUUGCUCCGAGGUUCUUAGUCGGAGGCCUAUAAGCUCACAACAGUAACAGGCAUGAGUAAGUAAGUUAUAAUACACGGACGUCGAGAGGAAGGGUAUUAUAUGCUCAGUAUGGUUUGGCGACGUGUCCCUCUAUUACUUCCUUUGUUCAUGUGUGCAUAGAUCUUGUGAUUUAUGAACCGUAUCCUUUGUUUUCUGUUGUCAUCUCUCCGUUGUACUUAUAGUUAGUAUGUGUGUUUUUAUCAUUGUGAAUGGCUGAUGCAAUGUUUAAUUUUUCCAUUUCUUAUGAAACUUUUGACUUAUGUUCUACACCUGGAAAAUAGAUUAUUUGAAACAGAAAGAGUUGAAUCAUCUGAUCUUCUGUGGAUUGAGUGUGAAUAUGUCUCGUCCUUGUGUUUGUUUUAAAUGUUUAGUUUGGUGCUUAUUAUUAAAUUAAUCCUUUCAGUGAUGUUACACGAUUUGAUAAAUUUACUAGAAGUUGGAAGUUGUUAAUAUUACAUGUACCACUUUUUCACAGUACACACUUUGUGAAAUACCAUUGCAAUCCUGUAAGUUUACCACAGUAAAUAGGCAUUGAAAUACACGGAAAAACCAUAUAAAUACAACUUUAUUUGAAUUGCGAAGGAUGUUUAAUGUUAAUUAUCGAAUACGACGUUUCACUGAUUUUGACCUUGGUAUGCUAGAUUCAACACUUAAUCGACUAAUGUAAUGUAAAGAUAAGGUCGAAUAAAUCAUAUUAUUUGCCUAAUUUCACAAGAGUCAUGUAUUUACUAAUUUUGAAAUGGAUUACUGAAUGCUCUAAUGGUGGAAAGUAACCGUGGACUAUGAAAUCAAUUAUUUAUAGAGAGUAAAGUAGUUACAUCCGUGAUGACAUGGUAUGAUGGUCGAGAAAUAUCAUAAAUUGAUUGGAAGUGAAAAUAAUAGUCACUGGGGUUUGUGUGGACAUUAUUUUUGGUGAUUUAUUAUGACAAAAUUUCUAAGUGUCAUAAAUAAGAAAAAUGAGGGAUUUCAACUCAAUGACAUAGCUUUCAAUUUAAUGGAACAUAUCGAAACAGAUAAAUGAGAAUACGUACAUACACACACAAACACCAUCGGUCUAAUGGUGACGAUAGCUGUUCAAUGUGUCCAUACAACAGUUUUACAUUUUAUUGAUAAGUUGGAAUUAUCUUUAAAUCGUGGAAAUGUUUGUAAAAAACAUCGAUGAGAAGGAGUACCCGUUAAUCUGUUAGUGAAGAGGACAAAGAGAGGUCCCUAUUAUUGAACUUAAUAGAACAUCACUUGUCGCAGCAAACCAGUUUGACAAAACGGAGGAGACGCUAGUAGUUUUUGGUAAUCUCUGAGUAAGGUAGUCGUGUAAGCAAUUUCAGAAAGAAAUCAUGGAUACAUACAGGUCUUAAUUUGUAGUGUUUCCCACUUAAUCCUCUCUCUUUACGAUCGACAUAUCUCUCUACGUACUAAUUCUUUCUUCCUGUACUAUAUCCUUAUAUGCAAUCUUUCUUUUAUAUAUUACCAUAAUUGAAUUAAUUACUUCUAUGAAUCCGGUGUUCAUCUUGUUGUGCUAAUGCGGUAUGGCAACUUGGACCGAUGCAUAUAUUUGCCUGGUCCUACGUUAUAGCUGACUGGCUGAUUUCGAGCACACAAUUGGUGAAUUAGUGAACAAUAGGAUCUCUAGUGUUGUUAGAGGUAGGAUAGGGACAAACGAAGACAUGGGAUCAGUUCAUGAAGACGUUGACUAUUGAACUGAGCCAUGUGGGUAGGUACAGACUACUUGAUUAGCGUCCGCGUGAUUAUUGUAACCGAUGAUUAGAGACUUUGGAUGACAUGGAUCAAAAUGGUUUGUGAUGGAGCAGACACAUUCACUCUUCGUCUUCUCUUAAAUUGUAACUUUCUAAAUUACCAUAUGAAUUUUUUAUCCCACUAGUCCAUAUUCUUUUCCCAAAUCCUAUCUAAAAUGCUAAAUCUUUUCAACCGCCGUCAAUGCUGUUACUAUAUGUACUACUUUGGGAUUUAUCUUGACAAUUUCGUCUCGCUGUGCUAAUAGGGUGUAGCAACUUGGAUCGAUGUACACGUGUCAGGUUCGACAUUACUUAUGAUUGACUGGUCGGUGAAUUCGUCAACUUAGAAAUUUGUUUACACAAACAAUAAAACUCAGUGUCCACAAACAAAACACUAUAAGAAUGACAGUUAGAAGAAUAUUAAGCAAUGAAGUCAACACCGCGGACACUUGAAAUGACAUGCAAUCCAAUUAAUAAAAAUUAUUAUUCCAACGACUACCUCGAACAUAUAUGGGUACAAGUGAUGUGUACAGAUCAUAGUUAGUAGGGGUAAGGGAC